AUGGCGACCCCCUAUGUUGCUGGUAUUCUGGCCUAUGUCCUUAGCGAGUAUGGCCAAGUUACUCCGGCUUCCCUCUCUGCUUCUCUGAAAUCGCAUGCUCAGGCCGUUGUCACGGGCGCUCCCUCGGGCACCACAUUUCAUAACAGUAACUGCUCCUUGGAAAGCACUGGCUAA